CUUAGUUGAAAAAAUUAGUCAACGUUGAUUAAGUCAACCUUUUCCUCUUUGAAUCCAUCUUCUUCCCCACAGAGCACGACGAAACAAAAACACAAAAAAAAACAGAGACCUUCCUCUGAGAAUCCCUAAGGAGCUUCCAAAUAUUUCCGGCGAUGAAGCUAAAUUCUCUAAUCGCUCCGCUUCUUCUUCUUCUCUUCUCAUCGUCGUUUCUCUUCUUCGCCGUCGAAUCUAAGUGCAGGAACAGCUGCGAUUUAGCUCUAGCUUCUUACUACCUCGCUAAUGGAACAACUCUCUCCGCCAUCAACCAAAACCUCAAUUCUUCAAUCGCACCUUACGAUCAAGUCAAUUUCGAUCCAAUCCUUAGGUACAACCCGAACAUUAGAGACAAAGAUAGAAUCCAGAUGGGUUCUAGGGUUCUUGUACCUUUCCCUUGCGAAUGUCAGCCUGGUGAUUUUCUAGGGCACAAUUUCAGCUACAGUGUUCGACAAGAAGAUACUUAUGAAAGAGUGGCGAUCAGGAAUUACGCGAAUUUAACGACGGUGGAAUCCUUGCAGGCGAGGAAUCCUUUUCCGGCGACUAAUAUCCCGCUCUCCGCGACGCUUAAUGUGUUGGUGAAUUGUUCUUGUGGUGAUGAGAGUGUUUCUAAGGAUUUUGGUUUGUUUGUUACUUAUCCGCUUCGUCCUGAAGAUAGUCUCAGUUCGAUUGCGAGAUCUUCCGGUGUAUCGGCGGAUAUUCUGCAGAGAUAUAAUCCUGGUGUUAAUUUUAACUCAGGGAAUGGAAUCGUUUAUGUGCCGGGAAGAGAUCCAAGUGGUGCAUUUCCAGCUUUCAAAUCAAGUAAACAAGGUGGUAUUGGUGCUGGAGUUAUUGCUGGUAUAGUUGUAGGAGUGAUUGUGGCUUUGUUGUUAAUCUUGUUUAUCAUAUAUUAUGCUUACCGGAAGAGCAAGUCGAAGGGUGAUUCGUAUUCAUCUUCUAUUCCGUUGUCUACUAAGGCUGAUCUUGCUUCUUCUACCAGCCUCCAAAGUGGAGGCUUGGGUGGUACCGGAGUAUCUCCUGGCAUUGCUGCCAUAAGCGUGGACAAAUCUGUUGAGUUUACGUUGGAGGAGCUCGCAAAGGCUACUGAUAAUUUCAAUCUGUCUUUUAAGAUUGGUCAAGGUGGUUUUGGGGCUGUUUACUAUGCAGAGCUGAGAGGAGAAAAAGCUGCGAUCAAGAAGAUGGACAUGGAGGCAUCGAAACAGUUCUUGGCGGAACUAAAAGUCUUAACGCGUGUACAUCAUGUCAACCUGGUUCGCCUGAUUGGAUAUUGUGUUGAGGGAUCACUUUUCUUGGUGUAUGAAUAUGUUGAGAAUGGCAACCUUGGACAACAUUUACAUGGGUCAGGACAAGAACCACUACCGUGGACUAAGAGAGUGCAGAUUGCACUAGACUCAGCUAGAGGUUUAGAAUAUAUCCACGAGCACACGGUUCCUGUCUAUGUCCACAGGGACAUUAAAUCUGCCAAUAUUUUGAUAGACCAGAAUUUUCGAGCAAAGGUAGCAGAUUUCGGGUUAACAAAACUGACAGAAGUUGGAGGCUCAGCAACUCGUGGUGCAAUGGGUACAUUUGGUUACAUGGCACCAGAGACUGUUUAUGGAGAAGUAUCUGCAAAAGUAGAUGUAUAUGCAUUUGGAGUUGUCCUUUACGAAUUGAUUUCUGCGAAAGGCGCGGUUGUCAAAAUGACGGAAGCCGUUGGUGAAUUUAGAGGCCUCGUUGGUGUGUUCGAAGAAGCAUUCAAGGAGACCGACAAAGAAGAAGCACUACGUAAGAUUAUAGACCCGAGGCUUGGGGAUAGCUACCCGUUUGAUUCGGUAUAUAAGAUGGCGGAAUUAGGGAAAGCUUGUACACAAGAGAAUGCUCAACUACGUCCGAGUAUGAGAUACAUUGUGGUUGCUUUAUCCACUCUUUUCUCGUCAACUGGAAAUUGGGAUGUUGCAAACUUCCAAAACGAUGAUUUAGUCAGUCUUAUGUCUGGCCGGUAGAGUUUCCGGUUUGCUGUUUAUAGAAAACGAUUGUUUUUUUGGUAUGCUCACGUAUAUUCUAUACGAACUUAACAUGUCACAAGUUGACUUUUAUAUGAUUUUUCUAUAACUAUAUCUGUCAAAUUA